CUUACCAGAUGUUGUCAAGAAGGAACGCCUAGUAUUUACACCAUAACCUCAUUUUGUAAUGUUUGGGAUUGAUUUGUGGAUUUCGAAUCAUAAUUUGAGUAAUAUAUUCCAACACCAUUUGCAGAUGUACUCGUAUGUCUGAUCUUUUAUAAAUAAUGGGAUCAUAUAUUAACUCUAAUCAGCGUAUUUAGAAUAUUGUAUUUUAACUGCUGAAAUCUAGGUCUAACCUAACCAGCAGACAACUUUUCUUAAUUAAUUAUGGAUCUUAAUUUUUUAAACAGUGAUGAACACAACACACUCAAUCUAUCAGGCCAAGGCCUUAAAAAACUCACCAAAGGCCACUGUAGUGAAGAUGCCCACAAAGUAACUUCAUUAUCGCUUGACAGCAAUGAACUUCAGAGGCUUGACAACAUAAAUGGAUUUCCCAAUUUGAUGGAACUAAGCGCUAGCCAUAAUCAGUUAUUGCGGAUGCACAGUGUGAACCAACUCCACCAUCUUGUACGACUGGACCUUUCUCACAACAACUUGCUCAGCAUCGAGGGACUCAAGGACUUGGAACAUCUCAAGUGGCUCAAUCUUUCAGGGAACAAUAUUAAAACAAUUGAACAUCUCCACACCAAUACUUUGUUGGAAUACUUGUCUCUUUCUGAAAAUAGUAUAUCUCAUAUUUCCAACCUUUCUCAUCUCGUCCAUUUAAAGCAACUAUUUCUACACAAGAACCAUAUCGGAGGGUUGCAUCACUGUGAGAUUUAUCUACCAGCCAGCUUGGUUACUCUCACUCUGGCAGCUAACAAUCUUACAGACCUCAACCAUGUAUCACACCUAGUCAGACUUACCAACCUACGAGAGUUCUCCAUCGCAGGCAAUCCGUGUGUCAACAUGACUGGUUCAGCUGCAGGAUUCGAUUAUCGGCCUUUCCUUAUCAAUUGGUGUAUGGGGCUCAAAGUCAUCGAUGGGUAUGCAGUUGAUGACAUUGAAAGCCUGAAGGCAGAGUGGCUGUAUAGUCAGGGCCGGGGCCGCCAGUUCAGGGUGGGGGAGCAGGAGGGCCUGGUGCAGUACCUUGCCGAGACUUGCCCCCUCAACAGUCAGCAGCUAGAGACUGAACAGGAGCGCAAGUUGAGGCUAAUACUCAGCAAGGCUCAGCACCACCAGCAACAGCUUCGCCAAGAGCAGCCUCGCCAUGGCAAGAGUGGGAGAAAUAAGCCGUACAAGCCGAGUGUGAGUGAGCUGAUGACCCGUAGCCUAGACCCCACUCUGCUGGACUCGUGCACAUCGCAGUCCCAACUGAAUGAGGAGGCUCUGCUGAGCCAGUCGAUGCACUGUCCCCCACUCAUGACACAAUCAGUUCACUGUCCACCCACCCCUGCUCCACUCCCUUUGCCUGCUGCCAGUCAGCUAGUGCCUGUCCCUGAGAGUUUGGUGAGUCCGUCGGUAGCAGUUGUCCCGCUGGUGCCCAAGUUGCAGACCAUCCGGUGCCGUGCCCAGGAGAAACGGGACAAGAAGAUUGACCAUGAAAUGGAAAAAGCAGCUGUCUGUAUCCAAAAGGUGUGGCGGGGCUACCACACUAGGACAUCUGACCGUAGAGUACUAACUGUGUACCAACAAAUACAGGCGCUUAGGACGAAUCAGUAUAUCAAGAAACUGUCAGAAGAUAUGCAGGCAACAAGGGAAGCUUUAGACAAUGAGCACAAAAUGCAACUCCUGCAGAUGCAAGCCAUCAAUGCCCUGUGGAAGAAGGUUGUGAGCUUACAACCAAGACCUGAAGGUGGUGAUGUUCGAGAUCUGACUGAGACUUGUUCUAGACUCAAUGCUCAGGUUCAGCAGCUGCAAGAGUCGAUGCAGGAAGUGUUGCGAUGUGUGAGUCCCAGUCAGCCUGUAGCCACGUCAGGCAGCACGACUUCCACACAGACAGAUAUAGUAGCAGUACACACCCCUCAGGAGCCUCACGUACACCCCCUGCCCCGCCCCUCGUCUCUGCCCCUUCCCCCUGCCCAGCUAGCCCAGUUUGCCGAUUGUCUGGUAGACGGAGUCAUCAAGACCACAGUAAAGGAGCAGGAACAACCUCUAGAAGCGGAGACCACUCAUGUCAGUUAAAAUAACCAAUUGCUUUAAGCUUAGGCAGAUUGAUUUUCUGUACAGUUCCUUGAAAUCACCAAAGAACUUCUUAGUUUUGUUCUUGGCAGAGAAAUAUUGUAGUAUUUAGUCAGCUAUCCUUAAUUUAAGAGAGGAUGGCAAUGAAAGAACACAUAUGUAUCUUAAUUCUCGUCUUCAGAGAUUUUAAUUGAUUUUUAAACGUUUUGUAGUGUAAGAAGUGGUCAAAAAAAUUUAUGUAUUUAAUCUCAGCCUUCUUCAAAACUAUUAAGACUGUUUGUAUGGAAAAUAUGAAAAUGAUAAACAAUUUGAGAUAAUCACAAAAUAUAUUCUUUAUCACAUUAUUUUAUCAAACGAGACUUUAAAUGUGGCAUUGCUUAUUUUGUGAUUACUAUAGUAAUUAAUUUCAUUAAGAAAGUAACCAAAUUUUCAUUUUGGUAAAAAAUUCUCUAAUUACAUUAAUUUUUAAUUCAUAUUCUAAAUAAUAUUUUGCCUUCUUUUCUAACUCUCUCUAGCUUAAAAAGAAUGUUGUCUCUUUUGUACAUUAAUCUAUAUUUUCAAUAAUAUUUUGUCUUCCCUUCUAACUUUAUCUAGCUUACAAAUAAUGUAUCCUUGUACAUGUUCUUUACUGAUUUCAAGAAUCUGUAUUAGGAAACAUACAAACAUAAUAAAAUGCAUAGUAGCUACCAAUCUUUCUUUUUUCUGCAUUUGCUAUAAACUAACACAUGACAACAAAGACUGAAAAUGAAUCUCUCAAAAAAGAAAAUCUAAAGGUGCACAAACUAUACUAAUUUAUUUCAAUUACUUUUUCUACGAAGCUUUACUAAAGCAACACUGAGCAUAUUUGUGAUAACUUAAUGUUAAAUAUGGAUUAUAUGUUUAGGUACACGUGUAAUUUUAAAGCUUGCAUUUUGUAUUUAUUGUUAUUUAUUAAUUUAUACUAAGUUAUAUUUUGUAUCAUUUUUGUUAUUUUUAGUCACAUGUUUAUUUUGUUGCCCUACUAUUAAUAUUAAUUUCAACUUGAAUAAAAGAGAAAUGUUUAGUGAAAUAUUUGUUACAAUCAGUGUAAAUAACUUGUAAAUGUCAUGUUGAAUGUUAUAUAGAAUAUCAGGGUUGCUACUGUGAUUAAUGAUAUAAUAGUUUAAAAUUAUAAUAUUUAUAUAAUACAAAUGCUAUACUUGAUUUUUACAAUUUUUUAUGGUAUUUGCUAACGUUUAACUGUGUUUUAUCACUUGUAUUGGAUUGUUUCAAAACCUAAAUUUGAAAACAAGAUUUUGUUAACUUGAGAAGUGUAGAUUUAGCAACCCUGUAGACAGAUCCAUUAACGUCCAUGUGUAAUGUAGACAAAUUUUUAGUAUUAAAAUGUGAGGCAGUAGAGUUUAUAAUUUUCUACUUUAGCAUUCAAAUAACAUUUUGUGAACAAAUUGAUUUGUUAAUUGUUAUUAAGUGAUUUAGGCAAGUAAUUUUACUAGUAACUUUUAAAACAUACAUCUUGGAAUUCACCAUAUUUCAAUAUUAAAUUUAAAGUUCUUGUCUCUA